AGCGCCCCCGCGCUGCUCGCAGCCCCUCGAGGCAGCAGGGAGAGCGCUUUCAGCGCUCCUUCACGGCCAAGACAUAUUGUUGCUCAGAGCGGAAUCGCAGUCAUAGAUUGCUCAUGGGCCAAAUUGGAAGAAACUCCCUUUAAGAGAAUGAGAGGAAGUCAUCUACGGCUGUUACCUUACUUGGUGGCUGCAAAUCCUGUAAACUAUGGCCGGCCAUGCAAGCUGUCCUGCGUGGAAGCUUUUGCUGCUACUUUUUGCAUUGUUGGAUUCCCAGACCUAGCCACCAUUCUUCUAAGGAAAUUUAAAUGGGGGAAGAGCUUUAUUGAUUUGAACAAAAUUCUUUUGGAAAAGUAUGCAGCCUGCCAUUGCCAAGAAGAAGUACUGAGAAUCGAAAGGGAUUUUUUAGCCAGUGUCCAAGAAACAAAGGAAGAAGAAAUAGAUCCAUUUGAUGUUGACUCAGGAAAAGAAUUUUCUAAUCCUAAUAGACCAGUCAAUGCUCCAGGAAUAGCACAAAGCAAUGAAGAAUCUGAGGACAGUGUAAGCAGUCCAGAUGAUGGCAGUGAGACCAGUGAUGAGAACAGUCCAGAGGAAGAUGAUACUGGGAAGUUGCGGCACCAAGAACCAAUACAUCAACUAUUUGAAAAAUAAAAUAGUUUGUGAACAAAGUUGUAAAAUCUUGUGUAAGAAACUUUCUGGUGAACAGUUACUAAUAUGGGGGAUGCCCACCUAUAAUUGGAUGCUUAACUACCUCUUUCCAGAUGAACCUCUAUUCUCAAUGGGGUCCCAUGGAGGUUUAUAGAUCUACUUAUGCAUGUCAAGGUUUUAAGGUUAUUUAGCUUCCUCUUUUGGACAGUUCUUUAUGGAAUACUCAUUGUUAUUCUGUAAGGAUCCUGAAGCUUAGUUACAUUAGUAAAGAAACAAAAAGUUUCCGGAAAGUGAUUUAUAGGAAGUAUUUUUACAUAGUAGUACAUUAUAGACUACGCUUUUCUGAUAUCUGGGGAAUAUUUCAAGUUGGCAAACAGCUCUAAUUUUAGGUCAUUACCCAAAUUAGAGCACAUAAGGAGUCUCUGACUUCUGUACAGGCUUGAAGCUGCUAUAUGCAUUUCAGCUACAUCACUCAUUUUACAGUAAACCAAACACGU